AUGUCCGAUUAUCACAUGGAGAUGUACACCGACGGAUCGCUGGUUCCGGUUUGCCUCAUAGAAGCUAACGAGGCAUGGAGGAGCGCGUUCUUUGUAACAACGAUAGUGAUAUUCUUCUUCGUGCCGCUUUUCAUCCUCGUUAUCCUGUACACUAUAAUAGCGAGACACCUGAUGGCUAACCCGACGAUAAGUCGAGGUCCUGCGAACAACUUGCUCAAGUAUCGAAAGCAGGUCGUCCUCAUGCUGGGAACCGUCGUCCUCAGCUUCUUCGUAUGCCUCCUGCCCUUCAGGGCAUUUACACUUUGGGUGAUUUGCGGCUCCCAGGAUUCGAUGAUCGGCCUUGGUAUCGACGGCUACUACGGCGUCCUUUACUUCAGCAGGGUGAUGCUGUAUCUGAACUCGGCGGUAAAUCCGAUCCUCUACAAUCUUAUGUCGACGAAAUUUCGCGAGGGAUUUUUGAGGCUCUGUGGCAUCGGCGUGAAGAAGAAGGCUCCCGGUAGAACGGGCACUUACACAACAGGAUCGACAAACUGCAGUUCCAAUCAUUCGGACUUCUGGCGGAGGCACAGCAGCAAUAAAAGCUGCAGCGUCAAAACGCCGAACAACCCCGUUGAAAAACAGCUCAAACUUCCGCUCCUCUCCUCCGUCACCGAUGGUAUAAUCAGAAAGAAACAGGAGAGUUAUGUGCUGAAUCAGAGGUCGAGAGAUUAAUUUAUGGAGAGUUAAUGAAACUGUCACUGGCCAAAAUUCUACUACUUACCUGUAGGUAAGCUCUCGUUAUAUAUCGCUCGUCAUUUAUACCUACAAAACUAUAUUACACGGUUAUUAAAUGUUAUUAAUGUUGUCAGUGUUGAUUAUCAUUGAAUCAUACAUCAGCCAUACAUUUACAUAUGAAAAAUAUACUAUCACAUGAGCGUAAAGCCUACACUGUGUACCUGGAGGAUAUUUAUUGCUUUUGCAGUUUUUAUCACAAUUGAAAUACUGUUCAACCAAAUCGUUAUGUUAUUUUUAUGUUUAUUUCUUUAUAAAUAUAUAAAUAUAUAUAUAUAUAUUUUUUUUCUCUCUAUAUGUUCUAGAGAACGAUUCAGAAACAAGCAGAAGGGAAUAAUUUAUAUUGUUUCUCACCUUCAUCUAGUCAGCUCUGAGCUAUCGGCACAAAGCCUUUGUUUAUAUAUUAUAAUAUUACGAUUAAUUCGAGACUGCACGCACUCAUGCUCAUACUGUGUUUAUAACAGAGUUUUAUUGUUGUAUUAUUAACGAGUGUGUACC